GGCGAACAACAAGGGGACACGUCUAUAGUGAAUAUCAAUUUUUCAUUUCUACAUAUUUCCAUAGAUUUCAUAGUCGGUACAGUAGACAUAUUCCUAUCAUAUUUAAUUUUAUUAGGUUCGAAUAAAAACCAUACUUUGCCCAUACUAAUUAUACUAGUGUAUGCUUCUGUAUACUUGUGUGAAUAAAAUGAAUAAGAUAUAUAUAUCAACUUUGAUGUAAAAUAAAGUAUCGUUUGUAAGAAGAAAAAUUUUAAUACAUACAGUCCAGUGCAGCGAGAAAACACGAGUUUUAGGGCUACAAAAAAUACAAUCAAUAGAAAGAGUAUAAAAUCUAAAUAAAAGCGAGUGUUGGCUCAAUUGUACAGAAUCGUGUUCUCUGAACGUAUCCGUAUUACCAACAAAUUUUGGAAGUAAUUUACCAAUUUUGCCAUUUUUAUACAAAAGAAAAAUGGCAUCCACUUUGGAGAACUUAGAGGCUCAAUUAGAACUUUUUAUUGAGAAUGUGCGACAAAUACGCAUCAUAGUGAGCGAUUUUCAGCCCCAAGGACAAAAUGUAUUGAACCAGAAGAUUCAAGGCUUAGUCAAUGGCUUGCAGGAGAUCGACAAGCUAAAAUCUCAAGUACAAUCUCAAGAGAUCCAUGUGCCAUUGGAAGUAUUUGAUUAUAUUGACCAAGGAAGGAAUCCUCAGUUAUAUACUAAAGACUGUAUAGAAAAAGCUUUAACAAAAAAUGAGCAAGUAAAAGGGAAAAUUGAUGCCUAUAGGAAAUUUAAGGCAAAUAUGCUGGUGGAGUUAAAUCGAGUUUUUCCAAAUGAACUAGCCAAAUAUAGAGCAAUUCGUGGAGAUGAAUAAAAUAAUCUAAUUUUAAGGAACUGUAUCUUAAUAAAUAUAUCUUUUUGUAAAUAUUGCUAUGUAAUUUAUGUUUUCAAUAACUAUAUUAAAAAACAUUCUGUUUA